GCAUCAUGUAUCUGGUGAGGAAACAGGCAGAAGAGAGGAGGGAUUCGGGUCCCAGCUGAAAACAAUGUCUUCAGUGUGUCCCCAGCUGCAGUGUGUCCCCAAGGCUGUGUAUGAAGUCUCAGAGCCGGGCUCCUUUGGAUUGCCUCUUCUGGAGAAAGUGUGUGUGGUGUUUGGCUCCAGCAAGGGUCCCAAGACAUGCUCAGGCCAGGCCAGAGUCAGCCCCACUCAGGGCCCCUUUCCAGAAUCUUGGCUCCCAGGGACAUUGGCAUUUUUCCUGGGGCUGCAGAGCCUCAGCCUCCAGUGGCAAGGACCUCCAGGAGAGUCUGUAAUGGUUUCCUCACAGUCAACGUCAGGAUGGGGGGGCAUCACUGCUCAGAGAGGGCUGGAAUCUGACCCUCAUGGCAUUGGGCCCAGUCUCCAUGGCAGCAGAGGAUUUAUUACCAGGCCUCCACCCAGCCUGGUGGACUUUCGACUCCAAGCCAGAGGAAAGAGAACCAAACACGGAACAAGGGGUGCCUGAAGAUGGCCAAGUUCCUUUCCCAGGACCAAAUUAAUGAGUACAAAGAAUGCUUCUCCCUGUAUGACAAGCAGCAAAGAGGGAAGAUUAAGGCCACAGAUCUUCUGGUGUCCAUGAGGUGCCUGGGGGCCAGCCCCACGCCUGGGGAAGUGCAGCGGCACCUGCAGACUCAUGGGAUUGACAAACAUGGAGAGCUGGAUUUCUCCACCUUCCUGACCAUUAUGCACACGCAAAUCAAACAAGAAGAUCCAAAGAAAGAAAUCCUUUUGGCCAUGCUGAUGGCAGACAAGGAGAAGAAAGGUUACAUCAUGGCAUCGGAGUUGCGGUCGAAACUCAUGAAACUGGGAGAGAAGCUCACCCACAAAGAAGUGGAUGAUCUUUUCAAGGAAGCAGGCAUCGAACCAAACGGCCAAGUGAAAUAUGACACAUUUAUCCAAAGGAUCACCCUUCCUGUGCAAGACUACUGAGGGAGCUGAGAUCCAGGGAGCAGAGUAUGAGAGCUCCAGGGCCUGACAACCCAAACUGAUUAAUUUUUUUAAAGGGAAAUCGAAGAUGGCAAACAUGACGAUAAGACCACGCGGCACAACUGCUGCAGGGGCUAAGUACCAAUAAAUGAUGCAGCCAUGGUAUGACGCGCCUGUAAUGAGAGGUCUGUACUGAGUUUAGUACUAACGUUAGUCUAGCUCCUUGCAGCAUGCAAGGGCCUAUGAUUUGAAGUCAGGUCUGUGUGCCAGUGCUGGCGCUGCAGCUUCAUUACCCUUACCUUGGGUAGACCAUUGUGCUUCUCAAAGCCUUGGGAUCUCAGAGGAUGAAGAUCAUGACUUGAAAAUGAUUGGCAACUUGAGAGCAUGUGCAACUGGCAUUUCCAUGGUAGUGUUUCUCCAAAAGAACAGUCUGCCAGAAGACCAGCCUGCUUUUGGGUACAAGAACCACCUUCGGCAUUUCCAAGAUAAGGCUAGGGUCGGCUGGGAACCGGCAAUGAGCAAAGUGCAUGCACACGCAUGCAUAUACAGAGAGCAAUGAGGACACACACACACACACACACACACACACACACACACACACACACACACACACACAAGGCAACAAGCACUGUGCACAUAAACACAGAGCAACAAGCACAAAGCAUGGGCACACAGACACACCAUUUCUUACAGCUCUACAAUCCCACUGACAAAUCUCCAUUUUCAGUUUACCAGCAGGAUGCUCUUUCAUAAACAGGUAUAAAGUGGAAACACACAUUAGAGUGAGUGCUAAGUGUAGGAUCAGUGGAGUAGUGGGAAGUGAUCCAACUUUAUAUUCCACACCAAAGGAAGUGGGAGGCCUGGCCCCUUCAGAGGCCUUGCAGAGUUAAGCAGGUCUCUGAUGCUCCUGGAACAAUGUGCUGAAGCUCUGUCCUGGCCAUUAUUAGGUUCCAGGAAUUAGGAUGGUCUGCUCAAGUGAUCUGGGAUCACUUCAAGUGACAUUAAGCCACUUUCUUGGGACUAACAGAAUAAGGGGAUGUACCAGGCCGUGUCCAGAAUCUGAGAGGCCCUGAAAUCAGGAGCAGGAAGCAGUGGCUCACCCAAAAGUACCCCUGGGACACACCAACAUGGGCGGGUAGAGCUCUUCAACAGGAGGCCCUUCAUUCCUGUGUUAGGACGGGCUGUGGCUUUGUUCCUUAGCGAAAGCACAAAGAUGUAUCAAAUCACGGGUGUCUCUUGGGAAGUUUGACCAGAAACACAUCUUUUACUAAGGGCUAGGCUCUGGGAACACUCCAGGGGACCAAACAGUGUCAGUCUUGAUUCAGCUACCUCACAUACACUGUAUAGCUCAGACCAAACAGAAGAUCUGAGAAAGGAAGGCCUCAUUUUCCUGAGAGUAGAUACUAUGUGUUCCCUGAGAAGCUUGAUUAUAGGUAACCUGGCAGAUUCCUUUAAUACAAAAAAUAGGCUAGAUAAUCGUGGCAUAUCUCUUCAAAGAGGACUUUGGUUUGUGGCUAACAUGAUAUACAAAGCAAAAGUCUGGGAAACAUAAAAAUAAAAAAUGAAGAAUUCUGGGCUGUUCUAGGGAGCCUGAAAGAAGCCAGAGCAAUCGAGAGCAACACACGGUAAAAAUCUUCAUGACUCCCACAGCAAGUCCUCCUGGGGGAGGCUAGCGCUCCAAAGAGAAGGCUGUAUUCCCUGCCAGAUGGGAAGGUUCCAGACCCAACACCUCUGACCCCAGCCAUGGACUCAGAAGCACACCUGUUGUUCACCAGUCUAUAAUACCAAAGACCUGACAGGUGCUCUGUGCUGAUGCUGUAUAUGGGACAGGGUGAGGAUAUAGUCUGGACCCUUAUAGAAGAGGUUCUUCCCAAUGUGUUCUGAUGUCUGUCAGCAACUGUUCUUUUUUUUAAAGAUAGGGUCUCGUGGAUCCCAAAUUUACCUCGAAUUUGUGGAGGAUGCCCUUGAACUUCUGGUCCUCCUGCCUCCACCUCCUGAAUGCUGAGGUAACAGGCGUGCACUGCUAUGCCUCUUCUAUUUGCUGCUGGGGACUGAGUCCAGUGCUUCUUCACACAUGCUGGGCGAGUACUCUGCCAAAUACCUCCAGCCUUCUGGUAUAGCCCCCACCCCCACUCUGGCUUUUUUGGAGGCUGGGUUUCAAUGUAGACAGGGUCUAUGUAGCCCAGGCUGGCCUCGAACCCACAGAGAUCUGUCUGCCUUUGCCUCCCAAGUGUUGGGAUUAAAGGUGUGCACCACCAUAUCCUGCCCGCGGUCUAGUUUUAAAGCAUGUUUUCUGAAUCUUAUUUGGCUGAGUGGAAUCUCCAGUACUGCUUGCAAAGAGCACUUGGCUAAUGGGCUGUCUGCAUAACCUGGGCUGACCUUCCCCACUACUGCUCUCUAGUCAUGGUGGCAAAGUGAGCUCAAACUCCUCAAGUCCGAUUUACACAGCACCAUCAGGAAAGGCUGUGGCUUCAGGGUCCCCACUUGUGCAUUCCUCCAAUUCCAACAGGUUUACCUAGCACCAGGUUUGCUCACUAUAAAUACUGGAGGGCCCAGGUGUUUGGACAGCCGAUAGACAACAGAUACCUUUAACAUUUAAGGUGCUGUGGUUCAGUGUAGAGCUGGCUGUAUUCUAGUAAGGAAAGACCUCAAAGCAUGAUGUGGAGAUAGCAGUUACUUGUCAUGCUUGGAAACCUCUGACUGACAGGGUCCUGGGAGCACACUGCACCAGCACUUUUCUCGUGGGACUCUGCCCUUAUAGACCCAGCAGGAGUAGUUUACAGAACACAAAUUAACUGAAGGCUUUUCUUUUAUUACAUCUAAAGAGCUCUACAUAAACAGGUAACAUUCAAUAAGGAAACAACUUUUCUCCAAUGCAUGUAAUAAAUAUUUUCACUUGGUACUUUUAUACAAACUGACAUUGGUCUACUAUACAUUUUUAAAAGCCAUUUUACUGGUUUGGCAUGCGGUAUGGAAAUUCUAAGAGAGAAAGUUUUAAGGCAAUGAAUCACAGAUUUAAGUUCAUGGAAUUUAUGGUAACUUUUAUCUAUUUAUAUACAUUUCCCCUUUGUUAAUAAAACAACAGCAGCACACUCUGGGACCACCAGCUAUUCUCCCUCCUUCUUUGAAAUCUAUGCUUUGUAUUUAAUUAAAAAACAAAACACAGAAUGCAAUGUGUAUCCAUAAAACAAAGUUCUUACCAAAAUAAAUUCAAAUGUGCUUUUUACGAGU